AUGAAGUGGAGUGUGAUCGUGACGUUCAUGCUCGUGAGCGCCGCUUCGGCUACGACGGAAGAGCCAGAAACCACGACAUCCAGAUUGCACCGAUCGACGUUUCAAGAGAAACUCCAAUGGACGACACCGUCACCCACGACAGAGGCUUUGCCUUCGGAAUUGGAAGGAGCGCUCGCUCCUCAAGUAGACACGCUUGCGGCUGGCAGACAAUCUCUGGUUGUUCCGGAACAGCACAAACCGGACGAAGAUGAACCCGGGAAGGUCAAAACAGAGCUCGAUAAGGCGCCGGCCGCCGAAGCGGAUCCUGGAGCGGUUCCCACCGCUUUGCACAGAGAGGCGGAAAGAAGUGAGAGAGACGCUAAGAAAGUUUCUGUUACGCAUAACGCAACCGCCGAGCCUGUCGAGAACAAACAAAAUUCGAGCGAAGCCACGCAAACGAGGCCUCAGCGAACGACGUCAGUGGACGGAGCUGCCGAGUUCUCGGCGCCGAUCGUGAGCGUAGAACUUGACGAACGAAAGGGUCCGUCGGGAUCCGGAAAAAGUUUCCCUCCCGGAGAGAAUCCCGCACUGGAUUUAAAGUUGAUCAUCGAUGCGGAGAAAACAAGCGAUGAAGAGUCUAAAAUUUCGACAAGCGAAAGCAGUUCGGUCAUGCCGAGCGUAGAGGGGAUCACCCAAGAAUCCUCAACGAGAACGCCCGAAAUCGAGACGUCGGCCAGAAGUGAAACCCCGGUGAUGUCGUCGCCCGCUGACUUUGCUUCGAGCUCAACUACGGACGCUGCUCCGACGUACCCUCCGACGGGAGUCGGCGCUCAGGAAACGCAGAGAUCUACGGAGCAAGCUCCGAACGCGCAAGUAAUUUCCACGAUCGGAAAUCACAGCGAGUUCAUUCCGAGCCGAAAUCAAGAUAAGCCGAAAGAGAAUCAGACGGGGGAAAUAGAACAGGCGAGCACGCCAGCGAGCUUGAAACAGAUUGACGACAAGCACAUGAACUCCUCCGAAUCUACUUCUCUGGCCGAAGUGACUCCCGAGCCUAAGCUCAACGAGGUCAAAUUGAGUUUGAACGCGAGCCGAGUAAAAGAAGACAGCUCGUCCGUUGAAGAGCUACCCGCGCUCUCGAUGAUGGCCCUCAAGGCGCCGCCCCUCGUGGAGUUCAGAUACGAAGAAGGGACCCCGAAGCCUCCCUACCAACAGAAUAACGCCGUUCAGAAAGAGCCUGCGAAGCCGAUAGGAGAGAUCACCGAAGACGACCACGUGGUCGGGAACUCUCAUUCCACUAUCGACUCUGCCAAGGAUUUGGAGCCACCUCAGCCAGAAGGAGUUUUGGAGAUCGCUCGUAAAGUGACGAAAAUGCUCGAAGACAAAUACGCCGCUGAAGAGAGUCGUUUGCAUCGUCGAAUCGGAAACGUCUCUCUACCAAACUUGCCGAUCGUCGUUCAGAGAGCCACGACAUCGGAGCCUCAUGUUGAAGAGACUCCGUCAACUCUCGAUUACGACUACCAUUCACUCGACCUCAUGAGGCUCCGAGCCAGGGAGCAUAACAACAGGAAUCGCGAACCGCCGGCCACCGGUCGGAAUCCCGAGCCUGCUCCUCGCACCUCGAAGAUUAUGAAUCCCAGCAUCCCACCCACUAAAGACAAGAUGAUUUUCAUCAAGACUGUUCCCAAGGGAAGCCUAACGACAGUGGAUCCGUCAUCGACGACGACUGCGACCGUUACAUUCCCCUCGACGGUUAUAUCAGCGGGUGCAGCGAACGCAUCGGCGCCGGAAGUCACCGUAGCCGAAAGGACGAAGAAUUUGACGUCAUUGGAGACGUCGGGAGAAAUCCAAUCGUACAAUGGAACGACAACGCGGAAAACUAUCGAUGAUGAUUAUUACGAUGAGCCAACGGAAAUCGUAGACGAGGAGGAUGUGGUCAGCUCUCCUGAGAAAAUCACGUUGGACUCGCCCUCACGGCAGCCCGAUAUAGAGGCUACCAGAAUCAUUGAAGACCGACCGGUCAUGGCGCUGGUGGUGCAGAAUCCACCUAAUGAGAAUUCUCUCACCCGCAAAGAGCUCAAGCCUUUAGACACUAAGGACCUCCAGGUCAGCUUCAUUAUCCCGGCUGUCAGCGAACCAUCACUUGUCCCACACGAGGACAAGGACGCAACGCUCCCAACAGAACACGAAACAGAUGAGCUAUCGACGGAGGGAAUCGGAAGCACGACGCAGCAUUCGUUGGAGGCGAAGUUUGGAAAACCCUACCCCAUGCAAAGGUUCACCACGUCUACGACGACCGAGAGGCCCACCAUAGCUUCUGCGGACGAUCGUUACGAUUCAGCGCCGACUGUGAACCCGAUGACCACCUUGGCAGGUGGCGAAUCCUCAUCUGAGAUCGGGGAAUACAAGCUCGAAUGCCCGUCGAAGGAAGAUAUUCAUCCCUGCACUUGCGUCACGCACGAGGACGACUACGACGAUCAGAUCGAGACGGUGGCCACCUGUCGCGGUAUCAAACAUUCGGCGACGCUCAUCGAAGCUCUGCGAGGGUUCCGAGGACACCACUUGACCUACCUUAUCAUCGACAACAGCGAUUUGCCUCCGUUCCCGAACAAUAUCCUCCACCGGAUCCAAGUCGACUGGAUGGAAGUCCUCAACACACCGGUCCAAUUCAAACGAGAAUAUCUGCAGUGCUCGAUCAAGUGCACACUUAGCUAGAUUCCUAAUUGUCCGUCAGUCUGUGCGCAAGCUAGUGGUCAGCCCGCGUCACGGUGUUUCUGCGACUUGUUCCAACUAUUGGCUUACCUCCGAUAGCUUAACCUCGAUCGUGCCGAUAACGAGCGUAAGAAAUGAGCGGAUGUUGAGGAUGUCGACGACGCUGAUGACGGUCAGGCAUUCGAAAGUUCGCAUGAGAAGGUGCAGCUCGGGGUCGCGGCUUCAAGCGUCUCUGACGCGUCGAGCGGCGAUGUCCGCACUUGGACUCGCUGGUUGAUCAUAAUGCGGUGCGGAACCCUAUAAACCUACAUUAAGUACAUAGUGAGAGAAUAGCGUAAACCGCAUUCAUCUGCCACGGAUGUUCGUAUCCACCGGCGACGGCGCGGCGGACGAGGCAGUGCGCAGAUGUAAUGUCAAAAAUCUAUCUCAGAAUUUCGCCAUACUACAUAAUGACUGUAUAUCGAUGUGUCACGACGUCUUCGUGAGAACGGUCGCCGUCAUCCUUAAUGUGUUGCCAGUGUCCAAUGCAAUCUUCGAUUUAUUAAAUUAUUUCGUCCGAGACCGCUUCGGCCGAGUUAGCUUCUGUACAUAAAACGAUCCAAGCAGGAAGAACACCAACCAAACAACGAGCCAGCGAAGCAAGCAAAGAAGUCUACGGGAGCACACCUCCCGAUUGCAGCAUCCAGUCGAUCGAAUUUGGCGAGUCUACUCGAUUCGCUCGAACCGUUCGUGUCCGUGACGUAGAGAGGAAUACAAAGGAAGGGGGAGAAAGUGAGAAGAGAAGGGGAGUAGCGAGGAAGAGAAGCAGAACGGGAAGAACCUGCUUAAGUGGGUCAGUGAGCUCAUGUCACUCGACACACCAGGAGACCAGGAGCACACCUCCAUUGUACAUAGG